GUGGCAGAUCCGGAGUUGGAGGGGCAGUGUUCCAAGUUUGUGCUACUUUUGGGCUGGUGGCAAGGUUAUGUUUGCUGCCUGUGCAGGAAUGCGAAGUAGUGCUUCCGUGUUCCAACUUGGAACACAGAAGUAGCACACAGUUGCAACUUCCAAGUGUGUGCUACUUCUCGGCUGGUGGCAGGGUUAUGUUUGCUGCCUGCCUGUGAAGUAGUGAGAAGUAGUAUCUUUGUGUUCCAAGUCUGUGCUACUUCUCGGCUGGUGGCAAUGUUAUGUUUGCUGCCUGUGCAGGAGUGCAAAGUAGUACUUCUGUGUUCCAAGUUUGUGCUACUUCUCGGCUGGUGGCAUGGUUAUGUUUGCUGCCUGCGCAGUAGAGCGAAUUAGUACUUUUGCGUUCCAAGUUUGUGGUACUUCUCGGCUGGUGGCAGGGUUAUGUUUGCUGCCUGCGCAGUAGAGCGAAUUAGUACUUUUGCGUUCCAAGUUUGUGGUACUUCUCGGCUGGUGGCAGGGUUAUGUUUGCUGCCUGCGCAGUAGUGCGAAGUAGUACUUUUGUGUUCCAAGUUUUGCUUCUUCUCGGCUGGUCGCAAGGUUAUGUUUGCUGCCUGUGAAGUAGUGCGAAGUAGUACUUUUUUGUUCCAAGUUUGUGCUACUUCUCGGCUGGUGGCAGGGUUAUGUUUGCUGCCUGCCUGUGAAGUAGUGAGAAGUAGUAUCUUUGUGUUCCAAGUCUGUGCUACUUCUCGGCUGGUGGCAAUGUUAUGUUUGCUGCCUGUGCAGUAGUGCGAAGUAGUUCUUCUGCCUCUGCUGCUUCUGCUGCUAGGGGAGAGUUGUGAGAAUGAGUGCAACACCGGUUGAUGGACAGAAUCCGUCUAUCGUCAUGAACGAAGAAAGUCUGAGUGAUAAAAAAUCAAGGUGAGUGACCUCAUCCUCUGCAAGUUUCUUCGCGAUACCCUUCAACCCGUGAAUAUGAUCAAGCGUACCAAGAAGGCCGGAAUCGUUGGCAAAUACGGUACUAGGUAUGGUGCGAGUUUGAGGAAGCAGAUAAAGAAGAUGGAGGUCUGUCAGCACUCCCAAGUAUUUCUACGAGUUUUGCGGCAAGCUUGCUGUGAAGAGAAAGGCUGUCGGUAUCUGGAACUGUAAGGAUUGUGGAAAGGUGAAGGCUGGAGGAGCUUACACUUUGAAUACGGCCUCUGCUGUUACGAUACGCAGUACUAUCAGGAGGCUGAGGGAGCAAACCGAGAACAAGUUGAUUUCUUUAAAUGAUGGACAGCAAAGGAUAAUACCUGAUGUCCUACAUGUUCAUCCUGGGAGAGGAGGAACAUGUAUUCAUGGUAUUCAACGACAGUUUUCUAUUCCGGAAGAAUCGUACUUUGAUCGAUUCAGUUGUCGCUAUGUUGACACAUUCCGGUCUUUCUCUUUCUUUUGCCGAAGCCAUCCAUACUGCUGUUUACUUGCAGAAUAGAUCUCCAUCGAAGGCUCUACCCGACGACAGAAGCCGGAUCUGCGCCACUUAAAAGAUUUUGGAUGUACUGCCUUUGCACAUAUUGAAAAAGGCCAUCGGGGUAAGAUUGACCCCAAGAGUGUAGAAUGUGUUUUCCUUGGUUAUUCUCCUACAGCCAAAGGAUAUCGGUACAGCGAAAAGACACUAAGAUUAUUGAGAGGAGAUCUGUCAAAUUUAUGCCUCUUGCGGUUCACCAUCAUCAGACAUCAGUUGUUCCGCCUGCUGAGCAAGAAGGUUUUACUCCCUUUCGCCCUUUACCAUAAGCUUCACCGACUGAUCCAGUUCGCAGUUCUCCAUCCGACGACAUUACCAGCAGGACGGUCACCAGCAGUGGGAGAAUUCAGUCCGGUUACACCACCUGGAGUGAUCAAUCACCUGGAGUGGUACCGCACCUUCCACUUCCUCCUUUCGUUGAUACGGUUCGCAACCUCGAGCACUUACUGGACUGGGUGAGCACUUACUAGGUGACACCCAGUAACUGGGUGACCUCACACUUCAAGACACUACAUCUGACGCCCCAGCUACAGAUACAACCAGAGGGCAGCUUCAUCCUCUUCCCGCACCAUCGAUCCUAUCUUUUGAAGGGGUAAAGAGUAAGGAAACGUGUAAGGGAAAGAGAAGAAGAAGACUCGAGGUUUAUUUUCGUAUGUAGAAACUCACAAAGAACCUACUACUUAUCAAGAAGCUUUACAGGAUGGUGACUCUAUGGAAUGGGAAGAAGCUAUGGAAGAUGAAUUUUCUUCUUUGAAGAAAAAUCAAACCUGGACAUUGACAUAGUUACCUGCGGGCAAGAACGUCGUUGGCUGUAAAUGGAUUUAUAAAAUCAAAUACAAGCCUGACGGUUCUGUUGAUUGGUACAAUGCCAGAUUAGUAACGAAAUGAUAUUCAGAGGUUUAUGAUGUUGACUUUUCAGAAACAUUUUCUCCUGGGCUGAAGAUGACAUCAAUUAGGGUGUUAAUGGCUCUAGCAGCUGAAAACAAUUUGGCGCUGCAUCAGAUGGACGUGAAAACUGCAUUUCUGAAUGGACUAUUGGAUGAAGAGUCUACAUGGCUCUUCUUGAAGGGUUGAAUAUCUCUUUUGAGAAAAACAUGGUAUGCAAACUGAAUAAGUCCAUUUAUGUACUGAAACUAUCCUCACGACGGUGGUAUCAAAGGAUUGACUCUUUCU